AUGAUGACAGCUUAUGCUGGAAACAUGACACCCAUAGCAACCUAUCCGUUUCCACAGACAACAAUGUCAGUGAGGGAAUUGCCUGUGUCCCGGGAAAUUUAGAGAAUCCUGUGUCUGGAUCCGUAAUGAGAGCGUGAAAACAAAUAUAGACAAGCCACUUUUAUAUAGCAUCGGAUUACAUUAAAGAAUGUCAGCAAAAGAAGAGGCACAUAUUCUUACCUCCUCAUCACAAUGGUUGGAAACACAUGGGCUAAAGAAGAAAAAACUUUCUAUGAUGCAGAUCCUUUCUCAACUUGGAUUCCAGCAAAAAGAAGAUUUUGUGAGCAAAUUAGGGAGACCAGUAUCCUCUCGAUAUUCUCAAGGCCUUUUUCUUCAAUAUAACUUUGCUGAUAAAAUAUACAAUCUGACAGCCAAGAAGGAACAAUUUCUCCAGAAGGUGGAAUCUCUCACAAACGCUAUUGGGCUUUACAAUGAAAGACUUGAUUGGCUUACCAGUGGAAGCCGAGCAAUAUUUGGUGUUAUCCAGGAACGUUCUGUUAUCAUUGUUGUAGACAGUGGCUUUCUGUCUAAAGAGCAUUUUGAAAUGUUUCAAGAUGCUUUCUGUCUUUUACUUAGGGAACAGGUUGCACAGAUUUCAAAAUUUAAUAUAAUUUGGGUUUCACAGGUGCCAGAAAAGUGGCAUGACAAACAGAUCCGUGUGAGUCAGGACUCUAUUGAGACAGCUGUGGAAUGGAUACGCAACAUACAGCACCCUCCAGUGGAAAACACAGAAAGUGCUGUAAAAGCUCUCUCAGAAGCUCUGCAUUAUCAGGUUGAAGCUGUUUAUUACUUUACAGCAGAAGAUAUUUCUGAAGCCAAGAUGCAGCUGUUGUUAAAAUGUAUGUCUGACAGCCCAUGUCCAGUCCAUACUGUGUCCUAUAACCCCCAGAAUGCAGAAACUGUGACAAUUUUGAAAGAGAUAAGUCACCAAACAUCUGGAAGAUUCCAUGUUUACAAAGAAGACAGUAAGCAGUUGAACAUGGCGUUAGAACUAAAGGGAGAAAAUUCUGCUCAACCUGCAUCAACAAAAGCAAAAACACAUGAAGAGCUUGAUUUGCAGCAAGACAAAUUCUUGAUGGUGAAAGAAUUGGAUGAAGCACACGAUACUAUCAAAAAUUUGCAAAAUAUAUUAAAGCUCUUUUAUACCAGUGAUGAUGAAAGCAUUAACAAUCUCAUGCCUGAGAUUAAACUUGAAGACUACGUUAGCUCCAAGCAAUGGCUAGUGAGAUAUGGGCUGAAAGCACAAAAACUUCAGUUUUAUGAUGCUUUUGCUGACUGUGCCUUUCGUCAUAGUGAUGGUGUUGUGGAUAUUAAAACAAAGCCAGAAGAUGAGUCAGUGCAGACAGACGCUGAUAACAAAAUGAAACAUAUCAAUGCAAAAUACUGUGAUCAAUUUGUACAUACGCAGUGGAAAGAUGGUUCUGUGGUUCAUUUGUAUAUAACUAAGGAAAAAUGGAGAUGGUAUGAAGAAAGAAUGGAGACUGUGCUAGACCAUAUGGAAAGGAGAAUUAAAUGGCUACAACAAGGGAGCAGAGAACUAUUUGGGACUAUUCUUGAAGACCGGGUAUACAUUCUUAUUGAUACUUCACACUCCAUGAAGGACAAGUUGUUUUUGGUGAAGGAAAAAAUAUUUCAGCUAAUGGAGGAGCAACUAAAGCACAAGCAGAUGUUUAACUUUGUAAAGUUCGAUUCCAAAGUAGAAGCUUGGAAAUCAAAAUUAGCCAGCGUUAAUGAAGACACUCUACAGGAGGCCUUAUGUUGGGUGAAAGAACUUCAGGUCGGAAGCUCAACCAACACCCUCAGAGCUCUGCAGGUGGCCCUUAAUGACCCUAGUACAGAAGCUAUUUAUCUACUUACAGAUGGACGCCCUGACCAGCCUACAGAAGCAAUUCUUGCUCAAGUGAACUUUCAGAAAGCAGUCCCUGUUCAUACAAUUUCCUUCAACUGUAAUGAUACAGAGGCCAAUAGCUUCCUUCAUCAGCUUUCCUGCAAAACGGAUGGACGCUUUCACUGCUACACAAGUUACUUAAGGGACCCUAAAGCCCCACAGCCUUUUGUGAGUGAAGAUAUCCACCUACUUCAGAAUGAGAUUAAGCAGGGAAAAGCAGAUCUAAAGAAGGUGCAAAAACUGUACACAGAGUGUUUAAUGUUAGACUGGUACCACAAUGGAGACAAAGAAACUACUAGGAACCUCCAUGAAAAAGCUCAGUCAGUUCAGGAUCUUACAACUGAUUCAACAACUCUGCAUAGGCCAAGGAAUACUGUACUGAGGCUUCUACGGCCAAAGAAAACCAGGCAUGCAGAGCAAACAAAGUCUAGUCUGCUCAGGGCACUGAGUCAUGGGGUGAAACUCAGUGGAGGCCCAACAGAAAUAAACAUGCCCCAGGAAACCAGAGAAGGUUUUCUCAGCAACAGCACCAAACAAACUACUCUACUUAAAGAUUUUAACAUUAUUGACAACACCACAUCGCCAAAAAAAACCAAAAGGCCACCCAAAGACUGCUUGGACAUGUCUUCUUCCCGAUGGCUGAAGACCAAUGGUUUGGUUGCUAGAAGGCUUACUAUAAUGGAUUCUCUGUCUCCCACAGCUGUACCACACACGGCUAAAUAUGUCCCAAUUCUUGACAAGCAUAUCUUUUCUAAAGUUUUUAAUGAGAUAUUACCUUUGGCCCAUAUUAGUGGAGACAGGAAGCAUGUUUUGUUAGUGAAUCCCCAAGCUGUGAACCUGGAGGAAUACCAACAAAAGCUGGAAAAGGCAGUUUCAAUUUAUGAAAGGCGCCUAAAUCUAGUUAUUUGGAGAGCAUUAUCACAGGAGGAAAGAGACAAGUUUCAGAGCGAUAUUCCAGUCUCAUACAUGGAAAACAAAGAGGCUUUGUUACAAGCAUUAGACAGGCUAGGCUGGCCGAUAACAUCUGAAGAUGUAACUCUGCUGGAAGAUGAAAUAAACACUGCAAAAAUGUAUUUCAAUCAGACCUGUCUUCUUCAGGAAGCUAUAAAAGACAAUGCAUCAAAAGAACUGAGUAAUGAGGAAAAAAAGAAGCAAAUGCCCAAAAAGAUAAAAAAACAAACAUUUGAUGCACUGAGAGGUCAAAAAGUCAUCGCAAGAUCGGACAUUGAUGGAUUUUAUUAUCAAGGAACUCUGGUAAGAAGUGUAAGUUCAAAGUGUGCCCUUGUGGAUUUCAGCCAUGGAGAAAAUCAAAUUGUUCCAAUCAGUUUUAUCAUAAGAAGAGGAGGUGCUGUGCCAUGUCCAUCUCUGAAGGUUGGAGAUUUUGUAUUUUCAAAAACACGAGCAAGAAGUGGUUGCUACGUACCUGCGGUGGUCAUAGCAACUCCAAGGACUGAAGCAAUAGAUAAACUGUACACUGUUCUGAAAUACAACGAUAGGAAAGAGCACUGUUUAAGAAGUGAACUAAUUAAAAUCAGUCAGCCUCUGUUUACCUUUGCCUGUCGGUAUAUUAGAGAAGCACAAAUGGUGGAUCAUACCAUACCAAGUGUCCAGUUUGUUAAACCCCUCACAAAGCCAACACCCAAGAAUGAAGAAAAGGAGAGGAAAGCAGGAAAAGCUAGAGGAAUCACAUCUAAGGGAAAACCUGUGAAAGAGGAAACUGAUGAAAAAACUCUCGCUGAAGCUCAUUCUGGAAAUCAGUCUGUGAUGUCCCAUAACCCCAUCAGUGAUUUAUCUGGUGACAGUGCAAGUGAAGAGCAAGAUAAUGCUUUUGACUUUGAGAAAGCCACAUUAGGAACCCCACGAGACCCACUUUCACCCCUUACUACAGUCCCUUCAAUUCUUCAGUCAUCAUGGAAGGCAACACCCAGAUCUUCAUUAUCUUCCAUAAACAUUAAAUCUCUGGAUUCUUCAGAGAUGUCGCAAAGCAUAAAUAUUAGCAAAAAACUAGAAAAGCUUAUCUUACACAUCACUCAGUUCCAGCAGAAACAGCGAGAAAAGCAGCAGUCAGUUCAAGAAUACCUAAAACAGCUCAUAAUUUUAAAGUCUCAUCAAGAUAAAUGUGGGCUGGAGGAAGAACAGAGGGAUCUUGUUAAGCAGCAAAUUGAUCUACUGCAGCAGCUGAGAAUGCUGACACCUAUUAACAGUAUUCAACAGACAAAGUCCGACCUCCAUCCUAGUCUUGUAAAUAAAAGCCAAUCAUACAAGUGCCCACUUGUUCCUGGACAGAGUGUUCUAGCUCGAUCUUCAUACACUGGAUGGUAUGAGAAAGCAACCAUAGUCCAUGAUUGCGGGGAUUUCAGUUAUUUUAUUAAGAGACCAUCUGGAGAGAUUGCAAGGUUGUGGAGAGACGAUAUGUUUAGUGAUACUGAUGACUACGAGAAAGAUAUAAAGGAUUAUGAUCCAGUGAUUGUGGCUCACCCCCUGCACGAAGGAAGUUACUGUCCAGGGGUCGUAUUGAAGGUUAUGGCAGAUUUGAAAUUGGUGGUACAGUAUUAUGAUAAGACUGAAGAUUUGGUCCCAAGAGAACAGAUUUAUUCAACAACCAUAGAAAGGUUUGAGAGGGACACCACAUAUAUCAUGGAGUGUGAAGAGCGAUGGGUUGGUCAGCCGGUUGUUGCAAGGAAUGACACAACUGGAACUUUUCAACUAGCUGAAGUGCAGAAAUGCAUUGGGAAUGGGAAGCAGUACAUCAUUUGCUGGGCAGAUGGCAAAACUGCAAGACAAGACAUUGAGUGGAUCUUUGGGAAAUUUAGCCAGCCACGUGUACUUAAAGUUGGUGCCCACGUCCUAACUCUAGCAAAUCCAUCAUCCCUCACAUUUUUACCUGGCAUUAUUACUGAGUACAAUGGAGCACGGCUAAAGGUUGCAUUUUGCAAUGGCAAAAGUUGCCAGAAUGUGGAACCCCCUCACUGCUUUGGUCUGUCUGAGAAGAAGUUUAACUUGGCUGUGACAUUCUUUCACCAACAAAACCAUGAAAAAGAAGGUAGUGAAGUUGGCUCAGAUACCGAGAAUGAAGACUCGCUGUCAGAGAUCUCCUCUGUCACCAUAUCAUCAAGUGAUUCAGAAAGUGAAAGGAGCGACUAGAGAUGCACAAGCACAAUUUGAACUUUUACGUAUUCUUGAUCUAAAAACAAACCCAUGUAUGACUGAUAAAUUUCUUAUCCCUUGGCUGCCUACAAGAUUGAGUGUGUAAAGUUAUGGCUGAUCUAAAGGGUUUAAUAAACAACAUGGUGAUUUAUUACAA